CGCGUGCGGCGGGGGCCGGAGGCGGCUGGACUUCCUCGGGAAUCGGCACGUGCGCUUCUUUCCAGCGCUGCCUCCAGAUAUCCUGCCCGAAGCGCUAUCGUCCCUGGAGACCAGCAGGUUGACAAUUGCAUUUUUCGCGCUCUCUGGUCUGGAUAUGUUGGAUUCCUUAGAUGUGGUGAACAAAGAUGAUAUAAUAGAAUGGAUUUAUUCCCUGCAGGUCCUUCCCACUGAAGACAGAUCAAACUUGCAUCGCUGUGGAUUCAGAGGCUCUUCAUAUUUAGGGAUGCCAUUCAAUCCCUCCAAGGGUCCAGGUAUAUCUCAUCCCUAUGAUAGCGGGCACAUAGCAAUGACUUACACAGGUCUAUCAUGUCUGGUUAUUCUUGGAGAUGAUUUAAGUCGAGUAAAUAAAGAUGCCAUACUGACAGGACUGAGAGCUCUCCAGCUGGAGGAUGGAAGUUUCUGUGCUGUGCUGGAAGGAAGUGAGAAUGAUAUGAGGUUUGUGUACUGUGCUUCCUGUAUCUGCUACAUGCUCGAUAACUGGUCAGGCAUGGAUAUGAAGAAAGCUAUAGACUACAUCAGAAGAAGUAUGUCUUAUGAUAACGGCCUGGCCCAGGGAGCUGGACUGGAAUCUCAUGGUGGCUCUACAUUUUGUGGUAUUGCAUCGCUGUGUUUGAUGGGUAAACUGGAAGAAGUUUUUUCAGAAAAAGAACUGAACAGAAUAAGAAGAUGGUGUAUAAUGAGACAACAGAAUGGCUACCAUGGACGACCCAACAAACCUGUAGACACUUGCUAUUCCUUCUGGGUGGGAGCAACAUUGAAGCUCUUGAAUAUAUUCCAAUAUACAAAUUUUGAGAAAAACCGAAAUUACAUCCUGUCAACUCAAGAUCGCCUUGUUGGUGGAUUUGCCAAGUGGCCAGAUAGCCAUCCAGAUGCUUUACAUGCCUACUUUGGGAUCUGUGGUUUGUCAUUAAUUGGAGAAUCUGGUAUUUGCAAAGUUCAUCCUGCCCUGAAUGUAAGCACAAGAACCUCAGAGCGCCUUCACCACCUUCAUCAGAUCUGGAAAACGGACUUUAAACAGUGUUCAGACAACACACACUUCUUUAUGUGACUGAUUUAGACUUGAAUUUAGUUCUGGUAGCAUAAUUGUAGCCCAGGGUUAAAAGCCAUGUAUAACCAAUGUGCUCUUUUAAGUGCUGGAGUCAUACAAUCAGAUCUGUGUUGCUGGCAUCACUUCAGUAGGGAGUUGCCUUCAGCAGGUUAUUCUGCAUUGUGAAAAAAGGAGAUAUUUUGAUUAUAUAGAAGUUUGUCACCGCAGACUGUAAAUGGCUUUUCAAAUGGCUUUACUUCUAGGAAAUCCCUUGAGGCGUUUAAACUUCAUUUCAAGUUUAUUUUUUUAAAUUUGUGCAUACUGUGUCAAAAUAUAUAAUGGGGAAAUAUUUUCAAAAUCUGUUUACAUAUCAUGCAGUAUAGCACAGAACCUUGGAGUUCUUUAUGAUCUUACUAUUUGACAUAUUUUGGCUAGAGAAUCUCCCAUAUUAAGUCUCAGUUAAAAAUUACCUUUUAUCAUAAACUUUCAGAUUCCAUAAACUUUCUUUUAAAAAACAAAUGAAUUAAAUAAAAAUAAAAUUAUUUUAUUCAAUAUACUGGACUUCUAAUGUUGUGUGGCCUUACUAAAUGGAUUUCAUAAUUCUUCUGAGUAGUUUUUACACAGUUGCAGUGCAUUGUUAGGCAAACAAAGAGUUCUCAUCUGAAAUAGUUUCUUCAUGUGAAAUUCAAUAAGAGUGUGGCAUAUUGAUGUGUGUCAAUAAGAGAUACUCAACACGGUCUUUUGGAAGUGUACCUGUGUGCAAGAGUAGCAUUAGAACCUGUUUCCAAAGACAAGCCUUUGCAAUACAUUAAAAUUGUACAGUUGCACUCUGGUGAUUUUUUCAUAUAUAUUUCUCUCUUAGUGUGAAGUAAUACCAAGUUUCAUAACCGUUCUGUGUAAAGGGCGAAACACUGGGCUUUAAAGUAAGCAGCAGUGGUGUACUGUUAGAGUGAUGUUGAACAUUCUCAUUUAGUAGUGGUGCUUUACUU